AUGUGGGUAUUUGGAUACGGAUCUUUGAUUUGGAAAGUAGAUUUUUCGUAUGAGUCCAAAAUCGUAGGUUAUAUUAAAGGUUAUCUUAGAAGAUUUUAUCAACAUAGUAUUGAUCAUAGAGGAAUACCCGAAAAACCAGGCAGAGUAGUUACGUUAAUACCAAGUGAGGACUCUAAUAGCACAGUUUGGGGUGUUGCAUAUAAAAUAAGAAGCGAGGAUAUUGAACAUGUUACAAAUCACCUAGAUUAUAGAGAAAAAAAUGGUUAUUCCAAGAAAACUGUUACAUUCUAUCCAAAAGACAAGGGCUUAGAACCUUUUGAUUUAACUCUGUACGUAGCUACAAAGGAUAAUGAAUCUUAUGCAGGUCCUGCAUCAAUAGAAGAAAUAGCAAAGCAAGUGAUAAAUUGUCAUGGUCCCAGUGGAUCCAACAAGGAUUAUGUUUAUAACCUAACUAAAGCCAUGAGAGAAAUAGCUCCUGAUGUUUAUGAUGACCACUUGUUUUCACUAGAAGCUGCAUUACGGAGAUUAGACAAGGAUUUAAAAUAG